UUGCUUGACAAAUAUGAGUGGGCUUGAAUGGAAAAAAAUAGACCUUAUCGAUUUAGUCCUUCUACCCAGACACAGAAUCCAGAACAUAAAAACUGAAAUAGUUGCUCAAUGUAGCAAUGGAGAGAAGUUUGACAACAAAGGAAGCAACACAACAGUUUUUUGUGGAAAAAAUGGAAUGAUUCACGUUUUCUUUCGCAACUGGGAAUACAUAACUUUUAAAAGUCAAUCAAGGAAUGAAGCGCCCAUUAAAUUUUGCGCACUUACUACAAUGGACGUGCUUGCGACAGUAACACAGGAAAACAAUUGUUCUGUUUGUAUCCAAGUAUAUGAUUUGAGGAAGUUGACUAAAAGGGAAGGGACACCACACCUUGCUACAACAAAUUUGUCUCCAGACAGUGCUGUUACUUCGAUCCAGGCUGAAUGUUCUGAGGAUGGAAAAUUGUUGGCCUUAGGCAUCGGCUUUGAAAAUGGUGAAUUGCUUUUACACUAUGGUACAGUAAAUUCUAUAAACUUUCAGCGCCAUGUUAUUUGCUUACGCCCAAUAAUCGGAAUACAGUUCGAAAUGUUGCGACAUCAGUCCGACCACGGAGGGCUUAUUUGCAAUAUGUUCUUGGAUUGUAUUGACAAAAUAUUUUGUUAUUUGCUUCACGAAAAGGGAUUAGUGCAUAAAAAUCCAAUAUUGGAUGAAAGAACUAGCAAACAUAAUCAUUCCUCCACAAUGCAUAAGCCAAAAGGAGCAGAUGAAGCAUAUUUUGUUGUUGGUCGCGAUGAUGCUAUAUACUGUUUUACCAAAGAUGAAAAAGGACCUUGUUAUGCAAUCGAAGGACAAAAAACCAAUAUUUUGUGGGUAGACAAUCUUAUGGUGGUCCUCUUGAAGAAUAAGAAAAACAUUUUUACACCCCUAUCUUCUUGUGUCAUAACAGUUGUGGAUAUUGAAAACAAAAUAAUCAUUUUUAAUAGAGAAAUUAAAAAUGUUUUGUGUAUUACUGCAGGGAUUGCCUCUUUUUACAUUAUAACAAAGGAUUCAAGUGGUUGCACAUAUAAUAUUUAUAUAUUGCAAGAGCUCAAUACAGUCAACGUGAUACGACUGCUCACUGAAAAACAUAUGUAUGAUAUAGCGCUUCGUAUAUUGGAUAGGAAGGGACUUGGCGAUUCCCCAGUUACUGCCCAAGUACGUUUUCAAUAUGGCAAUCAUUUAUACUCGAUUGGCGAAGUUUGUAGGGCGGCUUCAGAAUAUGAAAAAACAAUUGGCACCAUUAAACCAUAUAAUGUAAUUUCGAAACUUUUGUCUGUGCGAAAUAAUAAGCACCUUAUGUUAUAUUUGAAAAAGUUGGUGGUCAGUGAGCACGCUACAAAUGAACACAGAAAGCUACUUUGUAAUUGUACUGAUCGUAACAAAAUACAUUUUAAUGUUCACGAAUUAUGUCGCUUACAGUUCAAUACCUCCAGCCAAAAUAUAUUACAUUUAGGCGCCUCUAAAAAUAUAGCCAUAAGAGGGGACAGUUCCUUUAAAAUGUCAAAUAUAGAGCUGCAAAUGGGAGAGAAUGGAGAUCUGCCACAAUUAUUCUUGGACAGCGAUGAAAUGAAAAUCUUGGAAUUAUUUGCAGAUACUGCAGAGGAUCUUUUAACUAACCAUUCUGAACAUAUUUUAAAAGUUGCAUUAUCAUUGAUGGCAAAUGGAAGGAUUACCGAUACACUUCGUUUUCUUACGCUUUUUCCGGACCACCCCGAGUUUUGUUCAAAUGUUUUAUCUAAUGUUAUAGAGCACGAUCCCAAUUGCAAUGAAAAAUAUUAUUAUUAUUUACUUGUUCUUUAUCUUGGUCUCUGGCGUGAUAAAAAAAGGACAGAAAAAUUCAUUCUUCAAUUUCUGAAAAAUAGUCCGUUAAGAACAGAAAAAGCUAUGGUUUUAUGCAAGAUGUACUUGUUUUCAGUGGGAAUAAAACAGUUUCUAAAUGGUAAUAAUGAAACAUUUUCAUCCAUUUGUGCAGAAGAAAAUAUAAGGAAAUGUAUUAAUUAUCUUAUUAAAGGUAAUUCUGACUUUAAAACUCCAUUGAAAAAGGAUCCAAGUUCGUUGCUAUUCGUACUGCAGAGUAUCUUUCACAAUGCAGACAUACAGGUAUUACAUCUGAGACCGCUGCUAAUGGAAGAAAGUAUGAAAAAUGUUAUAGAUCCAUGUGACGAGGCGCAAUGCGUUGUUGACCUCAACAAGGCCAUAGAAAAGUACCAUAGCCUUUUAGUUCAACUAGAGGAAAGUCCGAUUGAAUUUCGCAACACGUCCUGUGAAAAGUGUCAUCAGGUGUGGAAGUUACCGUCUCUUUAUUUUAUUUGUCAGCAUUCUUUUCAUAAGGACUGUUAUACUACUAAUAAAACAUCAAAAUGUGAUAUAUGUAUUACUAAUACAGAACACUCUGUAAAAUUAAUGCCUACAAUAAGCUUGGAAGCUGGCGACAUAGUUUUAGAUAUUUCAAAAAUACUUGCAUUCGGAAUUUUUAACUAGACUGUUUCAUUGAUAAUCAAUAUAUUAAACUGAGAAAUAAACGAAAAAACGUA